AUGUUCAACGUGUCUUGGACGCCGUCCCAAAUCACAUUCAUUCAGUUUCUCAAAGUCAUCAAAUCGAACUUCAACAUUCACCCGAACAUAUCUACAUCACAAGAACUCGAGCGAUCGUUUUUCAAAAGCGAGAGAAGAGGUGGUAACAGCAACUCAAAACAAACUAGAUCAUCUUCCAACCAUACGAUGAUUAGCGACAAUACCCUCAUGACUAUCUCCAACUCACUCGGAGUACUUGCAGCAGUCUUCAUCAUCAUUUAUCAAUUUUUCGAAGUCAAUGCUCGCCGAACAGCUGAACUUGAGCGAGCGUCAUACGCCAAACUCGAUUAA